AUGCACGAGCCAAUCAACGUGUAUCUCAUCUGGUUCGGGCGGUUCAAGGAGAGCCAGAAGAAUAUUAUCCGCAACUUUGUGCACUCGAUUGGCGACACCACUGACCCCUUGAACACGGUCUCCCAAUGGUGGAACAUCAACCGCCUGUACACGGAUUGCAGCGGUAGACCUGUUUCUCAGGAGGUGAAACUAGCAGGCGACCACCAUUUAAAGCCGCGCAUGCGCUUCCUCUUCAGCAACCUGGCUAUCACCUCGGUAGUCAGACGCGCUCUCAGCGCCAAGGCGUUCCCUACCGACCCGAAUGGGGUUUACUUCGUGAUCACUGAUAGAGGCACAAAGCAGCAAUCGUUGCUAGGCGGCUUCUGCUCGGCCUACUGUGGCUGGCAUUCAUACGACAGCAUCAGGAACCAUGCUCUCAAGCUCGCCUUCAUUGGGCAUCCAGGAAGGUGCCUCCGGGCGUGUGCAGCCCCCUCCAUCUCGCGAAAGGGCGGCAGGAGUCCCAACGGUGACAGGGCAAUGGACGCCAUGGUCUCCAUCCUCGCCCACGAGCUCGCCGAGGCCACCUCUGACCCGUACCUGGGCACGUGGACUGACUCCAGUGGCAUGGAGAAUGCUGACAUCUGUGCCUGGAGCUAUGGCACAGUGGAAACAACGUCUGCUGGAGCGGAGUACAACCUGGUGGGGCUGAAUGGGAUGAAGUUCCUCGUGCAGCAGAACUACCACCCGACUCUAAAGACCUGCCUGGUUACCACCACAGUGUAG